GCCAUUUUGGCUCAGGGCUCGUGCGGCCUGAUGGCGGGACCGCGCAGGCUCGGCCAAUGGCAGGGCCUCCGGCAGGCCUAGCGGGGCCGCCCCGGGUCCGCGAGCUGCGCGGCCUUGCCGCCAGCAGGGUGCAGCCCGGGGACUUCCCGCUCGCGGCAUGGCGCCCGGACGCGGCCGCGGGGAGCUCCGCCGCGUGCGCGCCCGCCCCAGAUGAGCGCCACGCCCUGCCGUGCGUCGGCGGAGUGCGGGCCCCAUGCCCCGUCCAGGCUGGCCCGGCCGUGCCGGCGGCCAGGUACGCGGUGGCCGACUGGAGCUGGCAGGGGGCCGCGGCAGGCCCAGCCUGGCGCCCGCUGGCCCGCGCCGCGCCGCGGCAGCUGUGCGCUGGGCCGUGCGCCAGCCAGGUGCAGUGGCCUGCCGUGCCCGGCCAGCCCGGCAAGGCGUUCCUCGUGCCCUGCAGCCAGCAGCGCGGCGGCUUGCCAAAGUUCGCCGCCGUGGCCGCCACGGCGCUGGCCGAGAGGCCCCCCGUGCUCGGCGACGCGGCCGUCUCGUCGCCGAGGGUGCCGCCGCCUCCACCGCUGGGCCCGCGCGGGCGCUGGCUGUGGGCGCCCGUUGCUGGCGGGGCGCCGCAGGAUCGGACGGCGUCGCCCUCGCGCGCCUCGUCGCGCUCCCCGCAGGCAUGCUGGGUGCAGGAGCCCGCCGCGCAGGGCUGGUGCGGGGCCUCCUCCGCGACGAACUCCUACGCCCCCUCGCAGGCGGCGCCGCCCCACCGUUGGCGCGUCUCGUCGCGCGACGUCUCGGUGGACCUGUCCCAGAUGGGCUCGGACGCGUAUCAGCCGUCCGCCGGCUCCCGCUCCAGCACACGGCACCGCUCGCCGCAGGACUCGCCGACGGCAUUCGAUGGCAGGCCAGCGAGGUCGGGCCUCCGGUCGUGCUCCCCUGGCCGGGGCCCCACCGCGCCCCAGGCGCGCGUGCUGGGCCGCGGGAGAGCGGCCGUGCAGCGGCCAGCGGACUGGCUCGGACCGCCGCCCCACGGGCAGCAGGCGAGGGACACGUACCUGGAGGCGGUGCGCAUGUCCAGCAGUAGCCCGCUGAGGUGCAGCGCGGACGCGCAGGCGUCCACACCCUGCAGCGUGGGGUCCCCGCGGCGCUGGCUGGCGCGCUCUGCCAUGCCGUCUCGCAGCAGCAGCGGCAGCCCCGGCGCCGCUCCUGCUGGGACACCCCAGAGGCAGCGAGUGGCCCUCUCGACGGCCGAGAGCCCAGCUGGCGCGGGCGAUGAACUCGCGCGGGCGCGGUUCCUGGACGCGCCGCCGGGGGCCGCUGAUUCGCAGCAGCGCUGGCGGCCCGUGGACGCGAUGCCCGGCGCCUGCAGAGCGAGCAGCUCGCACUCGCGCCUGUCCAGGGGCUCCUCCUCUGGGCCGCCGACGAGUCUGCGGUUGUCGCCCGGAUCCAGGCUCCAGCUCCCCAGCAUGCCCCACGGCGGGAGCAUCGAGCUGGCCGACGUGCUCCUGCGGAUCGCCCCGCAGGGCGCCGG